AUGAAUUGUCACCUUACACAACACAUUUCUCUGACCAUAAACAACAAUCUUGAAGAAGGCACCAUCUUCUUGAGAAACCUGAACUGUAUCCGGUAUCAGCUUGAAAUCAAGUGGGCUUCCCAUCAUUUGGCUAACGUUAUCACCAGUGGCCAACCCUACGAGAAGAGCGGCACUCUCAGGCUCAUCUCUCCCGAAGAUGUCAAUCAGAUCUCAAUUCCGCAUGGCCAAAGUGCCGUGGUGUCGGUCUGCGGAAGUGCAGCUUUUGGGCUAGGAACUGAGGGAAUGAUUGACCUCUAUCGCGAUGAAACUACUCUGAUAGCAUCCCUUUAUUGGAAUGGACCUUGGAAGCAGAUUGGCAAUGAACUUCAUCUGACCAACCUUGACAACGAGCGGUAUCUCGCGGAGGUUUCUACCCCUCCUUUUGAAGGUAUACUGGGAGAUCUCGCGGUUGAUAUUAGAGAUGCCGUUGUCGACAAUCCACUGCAAUAA